UAAAGGCUCCGUCAAGGAAGGAAAGGGUCGCUCUGAUGCCGCUCAUGCCAGCAACCAGGAAGAAGAUCUUCACUGUUUGAUUAUGGCGGAUACUGAGGAGAAGGUUAACAAGGCGAAGAAGUUGGUGCAUAAUGUCAUUGAGACGGCUGCUUCGAUCCCCGAGGGUCAGAACGAGCUCAAGAGGAAUCAGCUCCGAGAGCUGGCUGCACUCAACGGUACUCUCCGUGACGACGAGAACCAGGCUUGCCAGAACUGUGGUCAAAUCGGACACCGCAAGUACGACUGUCCUGAGCAGCGUAACUUCACCGCCAAUAUCAUCUGUCGCGUCUGUGGUAACGCUGGUCACAUGGCCCGUGAUUGCCCCGACCGUCAGCGCGGCUCUGACUGGCGCAACAACAACGGUGGCUUCGGCGGCCGCAGGGCCAUUGGCGGCGGUGAUGCUGUCGACCGUGAGAUGGAGGUAUGUUCCCGCACAUUCUUUUUCCAAGUACCCAGUACAUAGUACUAACAUCCUUCAGCAACUCAUGCAAGAAUUGUCUGGUGGCGCGCCCGGCGAAGACGGCCAUGUCCCUCGUCGGAUCGAGGCUGGCCCCGAUCAAGGUUAUGAUGACCGCGACGUGAAGCCAUGGCAGCGCGGACCUCCGCCCAGUGACGUGGCUCCCUGGCAGCAACGAGGCCGCGACCGCCGUGACGACUACGGCUCCCGCGACCACGGCAGUGCGCCUCCAUGGGCUGCACAGGGCCGUGGUGGUGGCGGUGGCGGCGACUAUGGCUAUGGCUCACUCGGUGGUUAUGGUGCACCUGGAGCUGCUGCUGCCUCCGCUGCUGCUCCUUGGCAACAGGCUGCUCCCCCGCCGCCCCCUGGCGGACAAGCAUCGUACGGAUACGGAGCUUAUCCUGCGUACCCCGGCAUGGGUGCCCCUGGCGCUCCUCCGGGUCUGAGUGUUCCUCCUCCGCCGCCGGGCAUGCCAUCGAUGUACUACGGCUCUGGCAGCCCACCCCCUCCGCCUCCUGGCGAGGGUCCCCCGCCUCCGCCGCCUAGUGACCAGCCUCCCCCGCCUCCCCCUCCCGCUUAGGGGAGAUGCGACAUAAAAGUGGUUAAUGUUGAUGCGAACGAUAGCUAGGGACACCGGUAGAAGAAUCCGGCCCGGGUAAAUUGAUAGUGCACGUAGGACACUGGCGAUGAUAGUUUUUAACAACUCUCUCUGUGUAAUAGUUAGGUAGUCCAGCAUCAAGCGUUCUGCUGUAAUUGUUUGCUUCCACUUUCUAAUAAUCAUAGAAUUAGUUUGCAGGGGGGGUACAUCAAUCCGUCUGCAAAAUGUACGCAUGGCUGCCCGUCGGCAAAGAAAAAAGUCGCUCGCUCGCUAAAGCCAAUGACGUUAGGCACUAACUAGCAUGGUCGCUACCGCGUAGAAACAUGACUAGCAGUAUCCG